CCGACUUAGAGGGGUUUUCUAUAGUCACGAUACCCCUUCUUUGCGCCUUCAAGGGUUUCUGAUAUCCAUUGAAACUUGACGGCGAACCAACGACGAAACGAUGGGAUACCUCUCGCAGCCUGCGCUCAAGAACCUCAAAAAGUACUCGUAUAAGGGGUUGGAUGAGUCACUCGUCUCGCGCUACGUCCUUACACCCUACUGGAACUGGUUCAUCCAGCUCUGGCCAACAACCGUUGCUCCCAACACCAUCACGUUCCUGGGCCUGUGCAUCGUGCUCUUCAACCUCGCGACGAUGGUGUACUACGACCCUCUCUAUCUGACCGAUAAGGACGCGCCGGAUGCGGGGCCGCCGCAGUGGAUGUACUAUACAUGGGCGGUUGGUCUGUUCAUGUAUCAGAGCUUCGAUGCGGUCGACGGGAAGCAGGCACGGCGGACGGGUAUGGCUGGGCCGUUGGGAGAGAUGUUUGAUCAUGGAUGCGAUGCCAUCAACACGACUCUUGAAUGUGUCCUUGCAUGCCGCGCGCUGAACCUCGGCCGCUCGUGGUGGACAGUCGCGUCGCAGGUUGCGACGCUCGCGAACUUUUACCUUACCACUUGGGAAGAGUACCAUACUGGUCUCUUGUACCUUGGCCCGUUCUCCGGACCCGUUGAAGGGAUCUUGAUGAUUGUCGUGGUCUACAUUAUCACCGGCUUGUUCGGUCCCUCAUUCUGGGACACUGGUAUCCUGACUUUCACCCGCCUCGACAAGAUCCCAUUGAUCGCGUCCAACAUCCCCAACAUCGGACUCAACGAAGCCUUCAUGGUUUUCGGCGCGCUCAGUCUCGGCUUCAACAUCCUCGGCUCGUACGCUAACGUGCGCAAAGCCAACCUCACCUCCGGCAAGUCCAACUCGCGCGCGCUCGCGUAUCUUGGCCCGUUCGCGAUUUCCGCUGCGCUCCAGGCCGCGUGGCUCGCGAGCCCGACUCCUGCUGAGAGUGCCAUUAUAUACUCACCGGUGUUCCUGCCGUUUGUGUGCGCGUGGGGCUUGCAGUUCGCGCACCAGGUGGGAAAGAUCAUCCUUGGGCAUGUGACGAAAGGGGCGUUCCCGGUUUGGGACGUUAUGUGGGUGUGGAGCGCGGUAGGUGUUGUGGAUGCGCAUUUGCCGACGUUGCUGGGCAGGCCUCCGGUGAUCCAGGCCGAUGCGCAGCGCACCGCGAUCUUUGUCUGGCUGACGUUCGCUGUAUCGUUUGUCUCGUACGUGCGGUUCUGCACGCUGGUGAUCAACGAUAUCACGGAGUAUCUCGGCAUCGCGUGCUUCACGGUGCGCAAGAAGGAUGCAGAGGGUCACUGGGCAGACGCGAGGAAGGUGGAGAAGACGCAAUGACUAGAUGCGGUGGUGUGACCACCACAUGGAUAUAACUUGAGUGAGUUCUAGAAGGGUUGGAGGGAAAGGGAGAGGGAUGGUGAUCGCUUGCUGGAUCGAGGCGCGGUGUUCUGCUGGGAGCACUUUACUCAAGACUUGAUACUGAUGAUAUCACGAGUAGAACGAACGAUGGUCAUAGACCAUGACUGUGUAUACGCUUUUUGUUUUUGCUCGAUACACGUAGAUAGAGGUUAAGACAUAGCUACAUAAUCACACUUUGCUUUACUGAG